AUGGCGCUCCACGGCCAAAAUGGCACUCUUCUCGAUUAUGCCAAUUCAGGUGAGCUAAUGCUGGUCCAUUUUAUAAACUACUGAAUUUCGGUUUGUUUAGUUUUAAAAAUUUUGAACUUUCAAGCCUUAGGUAAGGUAGAGCAAAGUAAAAUUGGAAAAGGUAAGCCAAUACAAGACAGAACAGGGUAAGGUAGGGUAGGGUAGGGUAGGGUAGGGUAGGGUAGGGUAGGGUAGGGUAGGGUAGGGUAGGGUAGGGUAGGGUAGGGUAGGGUAAAGUAAGGUAGGGCAAAGUAGGGUAGGGCACGGUGUUUUUUAUGCCCAAAACGCCAAUUUAUGUCUAAAGUAGUGCAAAAAGUUUAAGUACGCCUAAUAUUAAUAUUCGGCGUAGUAAACGUUUUAAAUCUGUGACAAAUCUAUUUUUAAUACUAGUGUAAGAUUGUUUUUUGUCCCAGCAAUGAGGAAUUCUUUGGCUGCGGAAGCUAGUCUGUCAUGGAAUGUCCGGUGCUUUGCUUUGAACGGUUUAAUCCGAAACCAAAACUUUUUUUUUAAUUCUAGAAAAAUAGCUGACAUUUUGAACUAACUCUACCCCUAGCUUUAGCCCUAGUCCUACUUUACCAAUAAAUGACACAUUUAACUGAAUUUCAAACAUUUUAUAAUUUUACAUUUCAGUUGUUUCCACCAUGUCAGUGAUGACAACCCUUCUGCCAACCACAUCAAAUGCCACGAUGGAAGAAGCUACAACUACAGAUGAAGACGACUUUUUUCAGAAUCUCAGUGACAAUGAUUAUAUAGAGUUUGUGGCCGAUUUCCUAAGGCCAACUCCAAUUGAAUAUGGGUUUGUUGGGGUUUUCUUUUGUCUAAUGAUCAUCGGAGUUAUUGGGAACUGUCUAGUGGUAUAUGUAGUACUUCGCAACAAAAAUAUGGUAAGUUUGUUUUAAAAAAAAUUAUUGUUAUUUUUUGGUUUGUAAAGAAAGUUAUUGUCAGUUUGUAGUUUGUAAAGAAAGUUUUUGUCACUUCUUGAUACAAUUAAACUAUAAAACCCCGCAGCUUGCGAGUGACAGGUUAUACGACUAACAGCGUUUACAAUUUUUCAAAAACAUUUUGCUUUUUUGGGUUUUGCAAUGAAAUUUCUUGCCAUUUUUUAUAAUUUUCCAUUCCAGUGGACCUCAAUGAACUGGUUUUUGUUAAAUCUUGCCUUAUCCGACCUUCUGGUGCUUACAAUUUGUCUCACGCCAACUGUUAUCAACGACAUUACCAAAACGUUUUGGUUUAGUGCCGAGUUUUGCAAAGCAAUUUUGUUUUUUCAGGUAAGGUAGUCUUCAUUUUGAGUAUGGAGUACUGUCGCGGUGAAAUAUUUUACUGCUAGUUAUAAUAGUACGGUAUAACUAUACUACACAGUAAACUUAUGCUAUAGUAAAAUAAAGUAGGAUACACUAAAGACAACUUAUUCCUAGAGGUAUGGUUAUUAAAGACAUUGUUUGAUAACCAUGAUUUUAUACAAUAACUAAUAACUUUACUUGCAGAAUACAUCCGUAUACGUAUCAGUAUUUACAUUGAUGGUGGUAUCAAUAGAACGAUGGCGAGCCGUGUCUUUGCCCUUGUCUGUGCCAAUUUGGAAAACACAUAAAGUUAUUGUGUUGAUAUGGAUCAUAUCGUCAGUCCUCUCACUACCCGAGCCAAUUACUUUGAAAAUAUACCCAGCUGAAUAUGCUAGAAAGGAUCUACAGACCACUGUAUGUUUUUGAUGGCAAAAAAUUAAGAUGUUUUAAAAAGAUAGGUAAAAGUAUGUUUGAACAAUAUAAAUUAAGUUUUUUAAAAAUGGCAGUACCUUUAUAAUGACAGAAUUUGUUUUAAAUUGGUAAAAAAAAAACCAAAAAGCUUAAUGCCCCGUGUGAGGAUCGAACUCACGGCCUUCAGAUUAUGAGACUGACGCGCUGCCACUGCGCUAACGAGGCACACGCCUGCAAGCUUGUUAUAACUUUACUUCGUUCUUAAGAAACAGAUAAGAGGGCUAUAAAAAAGUUAAAAUUAAUUAAAAAUUUUAAAAACUUUCAAUUUUAUUAAAAAAUCUUUAAAAAUAAGUAGACAUGAGAAACGGGCCGGGCCCAAUUUUCAGGCCCGGCCCGAUUGAAUUUUUGCUCAGGGCCGGUCCGGGCCUAAUUUUUUUUUACGUGGAAACGGGCCGGGCCCGGCCCGGUCGAAAUUUUGCUUAAGGCCGGCCGGGCCCAUUUCUCAUGUCUAAAAAUAAGCUAACCACUGAAAUAAUCAAACUAAAACCUUAAGACUUGUCGUUUUUAAUUAUUAUCGAUAUCAUUUUAGUGGGGAACCCGGUGUAAAGAGUCCUGGAGCGAAGAGUUUCAACAAAAAUAUCAACUAGCACAGACUCUGUUUUUAUUUUUCAUUCCACUAGUUAUAAUUAGUGGGUUAUGUAUUCACAUGUCCAUUAUACUUCGACGAAAAUCUCUUCAAAUUGGAGAACGACAACUAAAAAGCCGUCAACGUGCCGCGAGAAUUGUCAUCACGGUGACAUUACUCUUUGGAAUAAGCUAUCUGCCUGUUCAUGUUCAUAAUAUGUUAACGUAAGUUUUUUUAUAUUAAAAAAGUUUUUCUAUUAAAAAAUUUUUUUUGUUUAAAAUUUAAAUAAUUUUAAAAUUUUGUAUCUAUGCUUUAUUUGUACACAUCAUAGUGUAUUUAAUCGAAAUUGACAUUAUUGGACCAUUAUAGCCAAUUGUUUAUUUUACAGUAGGUGUAAUAACUCUAAAAUAUGAUAUUUUUGCUCUUUUUUAUAUUUGUUGUCAUUUUUCAGAUCCUUUCAUAUUGAACCCCAAAAAGACCCAAGUUUAACGGCCAUAGCGGUCAGAAAGUUUAUUCCGCGGCUGUUCAGUUACUCUUCGAGCAGUUUCAACCCUAUUUUAUACAACUUUAUGUGUGGUAAGUUAACAAACACCAUAAAAAAAAAUUUUUUAGGGCUUUAAAACUUCAGUUAGUAUUGACAAGUCAAAACAGUGUUAAAGGUUUUAGUCAUGCAAAUACUGACAUUUCAGAAAAGUUUCGCAAAGAGUUUCGUCGCGCUUGUUGCUUUUUUGCAAUAAAAACGAAAAAAGAAGCGAAAACGUCGCUUCGGCCGCAUUCAACACGGUACAGUUCCGUCACUGUCAGUGGUACUAAUGUUUAA